UAGGGUAGUAUGUAAAGGGUGGAGAGUGGUGAAAGGGAAGUUCACAUGCAAUACAUUCAAACUUAACGGAUCUUAUAAAAACAGACUUCUGCUAUAAUUCAUGAUAGUAUUCCCUCUGCCAUUAUAAAGUGAAAGAACAACUCCUGAGCAGAGGAAGUAUUUUUGUUCCUAAAAAAAAUACUGAGAGGAUACAACAGAACAGCUUGCACGCUAAGGGAAAACAUGUUGCAGGACUGUUAAGGCAAAGUUGCUAUCCUUCUAUCCAACACUUUGGAUAGAAUUCACUAAGAAUGAACUGCUCCAGAGGCCGUUCUUAUACUGUUUAAUGACAGCGGACCCUUCCCAGCCACUCCAUCGCCAGACGCAAAGAGGAAAAACUAUCAGUGUGGAUUUUUGCCAAAAACCAAUAGUUCCGGAAAUCUGUUAUCGAUGCCGAUUAAUUGGCAAAACCGAUAUAUCAGUCAACCUCUAUUUGAGGCUUACUUUGUUUAAAGUAUAGCAGAAACAGCACUUGUCAAAGCACUGGGCUUUUCAUUUUUUGCCAAGAAAAAUCUGGGGAAGGAAUUAAAACACUGCAUAUAUAAAGAGGCAACAAACUCACAUAGAGUGAAAAUAUGAGCAAUUCAUCUGCAAAAUAUCUGCAAAGAUCUACACUUUAAGAGACAUUUCAUCUCAUCAUCCCUGAGAACACUCUACUCAACCUACAGCUGUUCCUCUCAAUCUCCCUGCCAAAUAUUCCUUCACAGGUUUAUAAUGGACAACUCCACAGCACAAGCACUUACCGUAACCUCUGCUGAAAGCAAGUCUGUCACAUCACCCAUACAUAAUCAGGGAUCAGAUGAUCACUACUUCGCGGCCAUAGUUGGAGUUGUCAUUGCUGUGGUGGUUCUGGUCCUACUCCUCCUCCUUGCCAUCAUUUUGCGAUACAUGUACCAGCACAAGGGCACAUAUAAUACCAACGAGGCCAAGGGGACAGAGUUUGCAGAAACAGCGGACGCUGCUCUUCGUAGAGACCCAGCACUGCAGGACGCCAUGGAUGAGAGCAAGAAAGAAUAUUUUAUAUGAGACACAAUAUAGCCUAUAGAGUAUGCAUCAAACUUCUACUAGCUAAAAUGAUGCCUGAAUUGUUAAUUGCAUCCUGUUUGCUUGGACAGCAUCGUAUCUCACUCGGAUUUCCUGCUAACAGAUAGAAGGAGUAAGAGUAUUAUGAAAACCCUUUGUAUUUCAAUACCUUUAUUUUGGAAAAUGAGAGGUAAACUGUUUAUUUGAGCAUUUAUACAGCAUGGUAGAAUUUCUCUUUGUAUUUGAUGCUGAAUGUUUGAACCGAAGAUUAGCUCAGGAGAACGUGAUGGUAUUCAGGUGAAGGGAAGGAAAGCCACUGAUGUUUUUAGACAAGAUUUGAAUGUGAAUGGCAGAUGAUAUUUCAAGACAUUUAGUGAAGAAUUUAUAGAACACUGUUUACAACAAGCAUGUGAAAUGAAUUAGUCUCUUACAUAUUAUAGAUGGCACAGUGCUAGAAUCCAAGCAUGAAACUCAUUAGGCAACACUCCAGGAUAUGAUGAGAGGAACCCAGAAGACAAACAUAAUGUGGCACUUAAUUGCUGUAUAUUUUACAUAGACAAUAGGAAAAACAGUGGGGGGAAAAGCCAUUGGCCUUUUUCUGGCAAUGUGUCUUACCUGCAAUUAUAUAAAUGUGUAUUGUGGUUCUACUGUUAUUGUGGUGGAGGUUUUUGUGAUUUUGUAAAAAUGUCUAUAGGUGAAUUUGUAAAGCAGACAUUAGACUUGCUUGUUAUCAGAGACAGCAGUGGAGUUUGUGGGGAAAUCUUUAUAUGAGGACAGUGUAUACCAGCUUCUCUGUAAUCAGAUGCCUUUGUUAAUUUAAGAUAUAUUUACACAACACAAAUAAAAUGUAUUUUGUUGCUUGUUAUUGU